GUCUGUUGUGUCCAUGUUGAUAAGAUUGCGCGAGGCGAAAUGCCUCGGACUGUCUCGUUAUGUCCGGUCUUGUCGACUGCAGCCCGGCAUGUCAUUGGUGGCCGACCCACCUCCGCCUCUUGGGCGGAGCAAAUGCGGACGGUGACGAUGUCAUGCCAACAGACCUGGCCCACCGAUAUUGUGCGGUUCCAAAUAGUAUAUUUCCUUUGCGCCCCGUCCCCAGACCCCAGACCUCCCCGCGUCUCCUCAUUCUUUCGACUCAUCUUUGUUAACUCUUUCUUUCCUCAUCUCCGUCCUAUCCUUCGCCCUCUCUAGAUCUGCAAUAAUGGCCGACAACGCCCAAAACCACCACAAUAACCUUGCCGUGAAGGAACAACAGAACGGCGUCAGCGGUAUCAAUGGCACCAACGGCCAGGACCAUGCCCCGCAACAGCGUAGACCGUACGAUUAUGGAGGGAACCCCCUUUAUCAUGCGAACACGGGAGAAAGUGCUAGACUUCCCGCGUUCGGUGGCGACUUCCAGCCCGGGUUGUACAAGAGCGACGCCAGUCGCAAGUUCGCCAAUCCCGCCCCUCUCGGUCUCAGCGCUUUCGCGUUGACUACUUUCGUCCUCGGCUUGAUCAACUGCGGCACGGAGGGCAUCACCCAUCCUAACAUCGUCAUUGGAGCUGCCUUUGCUUACGGUGGUCUAUGCCAGCUGCUGGCUGGAAUGUGGGAAAUGGCGGUCGGCAACACCUUUGGUGCUACUGCCCUGACAUCCUACGGAGGAUUCUGGAUCGGAACAGCCAUCAUCUUGACUCCCGGCGGGUUCAACAUCAUUGACUCCCUCAGCGCUUACGGCACCAACACAUUUGCCAAGUCUUUCGGUUUCUACCUGAUGGGAUGGUUCAUCUUUACCUUCAUCUUGCUUAUCUGCACGCUGAGGUCCACCGUCGCCUUCUUCCUCCUCUUCUUCACCCUUGACCUCGCAUUCUUGCUCCUCGGAAUCGCCUACCUGAUCCCAUCCGGAGGCAAUCCCAACUCCUCCAUCCUCUUCGCCGGUGGAAUCUUUGCCCUUCUCGCGGCCUUUUUGGCAUGGUACAACGCCCUCGCCGGUAUCGCCGACCCCAGCAACUCCUUCUUCAUCAUUCCGGUCUUGCACUUCCCGUGGAGUGACAAGGGGCGUGAGAACCGAAAGAGAGUCAAUAACGACGAAGCUCGUAUGGACGCGCAGUCCUCAGUCUAAGAAUGUGCAAGACUGGCUGUGCAAUUGGUGUUUGAAUGAUCACCAGACAUUCUUUUUGGGUGCAUUUGAAUGGAAUACCCCUCCGCGGAUACAUGUCUCGUACUAGAGUGUAGCAGCACCCUUGCUGUCAUGCUCAUCCAUACUAGUAAUAAUAAUCGAACUCCUUAUUGUUGCACAU